UUUAGGCCGUGGAGUGGGUUGGGAAGGGGACGGAGGGAAAGGGUGAGGGACGAUGGUGGGCUUGAGGCUCCGCUCCUUCACCGCUACAGCCGCUGCUCCGGCGGCGAGGAAGCUGGGGUUGAGGUUGAUCACCACGACGUGUCGGGCGGUCGUUGUGCCGAGGUUUGGGGGCCCGGAUGUCCUCGAGCUUCGGCCGGACGUCGAGAUUCCUGAUCUGAAGCCCCAUGACGUGCUGGUGCGGACGCGCUGUGCUUCUGUGAACCCUCUCGACACUCGUAUGAGAUCUGGUUAUGGUCGUUCUAUCUUUGGACCACUAUUACCUCUUAUUUUGGGUCGUGAUAUUAGCGGUGAAGUUGCAGCUGUUGGAGCUUCUGUCAGUUCACUUAGUGUUGGGCAAGAAGUCUUUGGCGCAUUGCAUCCAACUGCUAUUAGGGGUACAUACACUGACUAUGCAAUUCUUUCAGAAGAUGAGCUUACUGGGAAACCACCUUCACUAACACAUGUGGAAGCAAGUGCAAUCCCCUUUGCUGCAUUGACUGCAUGGAGAGCUUUGCAUAGUACUGCUCGGGUUGCCAAUGGGCAAAGGUUGUUAGUUAUAGGCGGAGGAGGAACAGUUGGACUAGCUGCAAUUCAGCUGGCAGUGGACAAGGGCUGCAUUGUGUCAACUACAUGUGGAAGUGAGAGUGUUAGUCGACUUCAGGCUGCUGGUGUUGAACAGGCAGUUGACUACAAGGCAGAGGAUGUUGAAUUUGCACUUAAGGGACCAUUUGAUGCUGUUCUAGACACUAUUGGGGUUCAGGAAACAGAAAGAAUAGGUAUUAAUCUGCUAAAGAAAGGUGGACACUAUAUGACACUGCAGGGGGAAACGGCUGCCUUGGCAGACAAGUAUGGAUUGGCGGUUGGGAUUCCUAUUGCUACUGCAAUAUUACUAAAGAAACAACUCCACUAUCGAUAUUCCCCCGGGAUAGAGUAUUCUUGGACUUAUAUGAGAGCAGAUUCUGAAGGCCUCCAGGAAAUACGUAGGCUUGCUGAGGCUGGUAAUUUGAAGAUCCCUGUGCAGAAGACAUUUCCACUUGCACAAGCAAGAGAGGCUCAUCUAGCUAAAGACAAGAGGCUUAUUCUUGGUAAGGUUGUCCUGGAGGUGGACUGAUGAAAAUGGUGAAUGGGCUCCCUCUCUCUGUCUCCCACACACACACACGGUAUAGCUAGGCGUCAAAUUGUAUAUUCAUAUGUAUAUCCAAAUAAACAUUUUUGUUCGGUUUUCUGUGGACACCGCUCCUCAAGUGCAACUAAACGAUUGUAUUUGUAGUUGUUUGCUCUCAUUAGUCUCUUGCCACAUUCUUUUAGUCUGUUCUCUGACACUAUGGAAAUGUCCAUCCAUGGUACUUGUCAGUUUUUUUAGCAUGUUGGAGUUACUGGCCGCCUCUUCUGCAGUGCAAGAUGAACUUUGAUCUCUCUCUCUCUCUCUCACUUGCCUGUAAGGACAGAUGCCUUUUUCUACAGGGCAAGAUAAACAUUGAAGUAA